GAGCUCUCUACAAGAGCGUCAUGCUGGAGAACUACGAGAGCGUGGCCUCUCUGGCAGAAGUAGUAGAGGAACUUGAUGAAGGAUUCCAGGGAUUCUCUGUGGAAAAAGCCAAGGAUCAAGAUUCCAGAAGAAACUUUGAGGAUGGAGACAGGCCACAGAGUCAGGAGGGAAAUCAUGCAGACCAGAGAAGGGAUAACCCUAUUCUGUCCCAAGGAGGAGGCUUUUGUGAAGUUCCAGUCCACAAAGCAACAGAAAAAAUUGAGGGCGUCCAUGUUAACCAGAGAAUCCUCUCCAGGCAAAAUGAACAUGAAAAUGUGGCCUUUGGAAAGACCUCCACAUGGGAUGAGCAGUGGACUGAAGGCAAUGACCAAGUGCACGAGCUAUUGCCAGAGAAAGAGAAGAAUGGAGAUUUGAAAGGAACGUUCUGGAAUCAAGGCAAACCAGAAAAGCAGACAGGAAGUCACAUGGCUGAGAAGAGGGAUGAAUCUAUUCCUGACCAAGGAUGGGAUUGCCAUAAAGUAAUCCACACAGUAGAGGAAACAUAUCAGUGCCUGGAGUGUAGAAUGAACUUCUCAACUCACAGUCAAUAUGAAAUCCAUUUGCAAAUACACAGUGGAAAGAAGACUCAUCAAUGUUUGGAGUGUGACAUGACUUUCCUUAGCAGAGCAAAGCUCCUGAGGCAUCAAAGAAAACAUCAAAGAGAGAAACCUUAUAGUUCCUCAGAGUGUGGCAAGAGCUUGUCACAAAAAUCAGAUUUUUUUCAACACCAAAGUACUCAUUCAGGAAAAAAGGUAUUAAUCUGCUUGGAGAGCAAAUGGGGCUUUUCUGGUAGUAGAAAAAAGAGUAAUGUACAUAUUCCAAAACACAGCAUAAUGAGAGCGCAACAAUGCUUUCAGUGCGGAAAUUUCUUCAGCUGCAGAUCAAAGCUCCUUGUGCACCAAAGAACCCACACAGCAGACAAACCUUUUGAAUGCAUAGAGUGUGGAAAGAGAUUCAGUCGGAGUAACCAUCUUCAACAGCAUAAAAGAACUCACACAGGGGAGAAACCUUUUGAAUGCACAGAGUGUGGAAAGAGAUUCAGUCGGAGUAACCAUCUUCAACAGCAUAAAAGAACUCACACAGGGGAGAAACCUUUUGAAUGCUCAGAGUGUGGAAAAAGAUUCAGUCGCAGCAGCAAUCUUCAACGGCAUAAAAGAACUCACACAGAUGAGAGACCUUUUGAAUGCUCAGUGUGUGGAAAGAGAUUCAGUCACAGCAGCAAUCUUCAACAGCAUCAAAGAACUCACACAAAUGAGAGACCUUUUGAAUGCUCAGAGUGUGGGAAGAGAUUCAGUCGGAGUAGGACACUUCAACACCAUCAGAGAACUCACACAAAGGAGAGACCUUUUGAAUGCUCAGAGUGUGGGAAAAGAUUCAGUCAGAGUAGGCAUCUUCAACUGCAUGAAAGAACUCACACAAAUGACAGACCUUUUGAAUGCCCAGAGUGUGGAAAGAGAUUCAAUCAUAGUGUCAAUCUUCAACGGCAUCAAAGAAUUCACACAAAUGACAGACCUUUUGAAUGCCCAGAGUGUGGAAAGAGAUUCAGUCAGAGAAGCCAUCUUCAACAGCAUCAAAGAACUCACACAAAUGAGAAACCUUUUGAAUGCUCAGUGUGUGGAAAGACAUUCAGAUAUAAUGGCAAUCUUCAACAGCAUCAAAGAACUCACACAAACGAGAGACCUUUUGAAUGCUCACUGUGUGGAAAGACAUUCGGACAUAAUGGCAAUCUGCAACAGCAUCAAAGAACUCACACAAACGAGAGACCUUUUGAAUGCUCAGUGUGCGGAAAGACAUUCAGAUAUAAUGGCAAUCUUCAACGGCAUAAAACGACUCACACAAAGGAGAGAGUUUUUGAAUGAUCUGAGAGUGAAAACAAAUUCAAUCAGAGUGGUGCUCUUCAACAACAUCAAGGAAUACUGGGGAAAACCCUUAUUUUUGCUUUGGAAUGUGGAAAGUUAUUCAGUCAGAGGGGCACUUUUCAACAACAUCAAAAUAUCCACACAAGGGAGAAACCUUUUGAGUGCUCAGAAUAUGGAAAGCCAGUCUAGCAGUUUGGCCCAACACCUAAGAACCCAGACUUCUUCUCCUGGUUGUUUUUGAAAAGCACCCCAUUGAAAUUCUGAAGUAGAAUAGGCCUAUCUUUGGGAUAGGUAUUAGAGAGCCCACAGGCCUGCCAUGGACAGAGCAUUCCAUCUCAGAGGCAGGAGGUCACCAUGGCUUUCUUAUACCUCUCCUCCGAUUCCAUGGCCUGUGAACAGCGAUAUAUCUACUUCAAAGAGUAUUUCAUCCAAAACAAGAUCAUUUCCAGUUAAUGGGCAUUCACCUCUGAGCCAUCAUAGCAGCCUUCACAUCUGCUCAAUUCAGGCACUUGCGAUCAAUUCAGGUACACUGGGUGCUGUGAAAAUCUCCCCAUAUGGAGAUGUCAAGGGUCACGUUCAACUCUUUCUACUGAAUUUUUAGGGCAGUUAUUUCAGACUGCUCAGUCGAAUUCAACUUUGGGUUUUUUUUCCAAUCAAUCAUGUCCUCAGGAAAGUCUGGUCCCGUGUAAAAAAAAAAGGGAUUUUCCCCAUAGAUGGGAAAGGCAGGUAUACGGAAGUUCUUUGCAGAAAAACCUCUCCCCACCCGCAAUCAAUCUUUCUUUCUCUCUCCCUUGUUGGAAUUCUGCUCCAUGGACUCUCAGCAAUUCUCACCUUGGAAGAAAGAAUAUUGCACUCUUUAUCCUUGCCCCCCCCCCUAUUAGUUUUUGCAUUUUCACCUACAGGGGACUUAAAGAAUUAGCUCUCACAUGCUUAGUGUUGAUUCUCUACUAUUUUACUUUUUUCAUUCUGUUUUGUAUCCAAUACAAAUAAUAUUGUACUCUCUCUUUAUCCUUUUUUGCAUGUCUACCUACAGGGACUUAAAGAAUUAGCUCUCAUGUGCUUUGCGUAGAUUCUCUAUUUUCCUUUUUUCAUUCUAUUUAGUAUCCAAUAAAAUUAAAAGUAUAACCACCA